CACCCGAAUCUGAACUUGAGCCCUCAGAUGUUGGUUGAAAAUAAAAUCCGGAAGCAUCUAGGCCUGUCUGGUCAUGUGUCAGCAUAUAUAAGGAAGUGCAGCUCCUCUAGAGCAACAGAGACUUCGCAACUACCUGUGAGAAAGUCUGCGGAUUCCUCGAAGAUGAAACUCUUUGUGGUGUUAGUGUGCGUGCUGGCAGGCUGCCUGGCAGAGAAACCUCGCCCAUGCAAAAGCCCUCCCCUUCUGACUGGAGCCCUCACUGUUUCCACACAGAAUGAAAAGCUGUGGGUUUAUGCCAAAUACCUGUACGAUGCAUGGGGACAAAGGGUCCGGCUCAUGGAGCUGGGGAACUACCAGAACAAGUCUUUCACCUAUGACGCCCUGCUGCUCUUCAGUGAGGCUGCCAUGUAUGAGAUCGACGACAAAGCUCGUACAUGCAAGAAAAAGCCUCUGAAGGCAGACUUCCAUCCUAUGGAAAUCCCAAUAAAUUCAACUCUGGUGGGCCAAGCCGUCCUGGGCAGCUCAUCUGGACCUGGUGAAGGACUCCUGGUCAACACCUGGACUGGAAAUCUUCCUGGAAACACAGGAAAGUACCUGACCACCUUCACUGAAUUCGGAUGCAUUCCAGUCAACACUAUGUACCAGACACAAGAGUAUGGAUGGAUGGUGACAGGCUUCUUCAACAACGUCGUUGGGAUUUCUGACCCUGGUCAGCUCAACCCCCCCGACUUCUGCCCAACAGAGAUGACGUCGAAUGGAGAGAAGCCUGAAGAUUUCACCAGCUUGUUCUUUAAGCUGCAAGAGUUAGGGGUCAAAACAGCUAAAACGCAGUUUCUACUAUUAAAAGACAUUCCCCUUGACUUUUAUUCUCACAUAACUGGCGUAUUGAGAAAUGACAAACAAAAAACUUGGCAGCGAAAACAGAAUGGGAGUAUCACCUGCUUGUUUUUUAAGGAAGUGAUAUUUUUGAAGCAGUAUCAUAUGAGCAGCUGUUGCAGAGGAAAACAUUCAGAUCUGCAAUCGAACAGCAUGAAGGUCCUCGUCCUGCUUGUGUGCCUGUCCGUGGGCUGUCUCGCUCAGAGACCACGGCAUUGCAGAUACCCGCCACUGAUGAGCGGAAGCCUGUCUGUGUCCACUGCAAAUCAGAAACUGCUGGCAUUCUCCAAGUACAUCUAUGAUGGACUGGGAGAGCGCAUCCGCUUCAGACAGUUUGGACUCUAUGACAAUAAGACCUACCACCUUGAUGUGCUUCUACUGUACAGAGAGGGUGUUAUGUACAAAAUAAACAACAAGAACCGCACAUGCACUAAGCAGCAUCUGAGCCCUGACUUCCAUCCGCUGGCAGUUCCAAGAAAUGCCACCCUGAUGGGCCAGGUUGUGUUGGGCGCCUCCUCUGGUCCUGGACAGGGAGUCCUGGUCAACAGUUGGUACGGGGAGGAGACGACGAAGACGGGAUCAGCCAAGUACUUUACCACUGUCACCCAGUUUGGAUGCAUCCCCGUCAGUACUCUGUACCACACCAGCAGCGGUGACUGGGUGGUCAACAGCUUCUAUAACAAUGUCAUUGGAUUAGUCGAUCCCCAAAAACUCAACCCGCCAUUUUUCUGCAUGAAUGCUGAGCAGGGGGAUGAAGACGAGCCAGUAACAUUUCUCAGCUUGUUUAAAGAAUGAUUUUACAAAUGGUGGUGACAAUGAUGAUGAUGAUGAGUCACUGAACUGCGUUGCUGCCAUUCAUAAACAAGCUUCAUUUGGUUAAAAUUCAUGCUAAUAUUUAAUCAGAGUAUUUUCAUACAUAUUUUACAUUCAUCAGAUUGAGCAGCGUUUCCUCUAAAAUCUAUUUUUAAUCACACUGUUUCUCUUUUUUAAUAUUUUCCCAUAACAGUUUAUCGGUUAAAUUAGUGUUUUAACAUUUAUGUCAUAAGAAAAUAAAAACAAAUUCAGAAAAGUCGAGCCUGAUA